CUGGUUGGUUGGUUGGUGCGCAAGUGUGCCCUAGUUGGCCUUAGUAAUCCGUAUAUGGGGCACCCACCCUACCUACGUUGUACCCUAGUCGGUACGUACUUAUGUGUCAGUCCCCGCACAGAAACUUCUCCGAGAUCCGAAUCCCAUCACAACCAACGACAAACCGCGUCACCAGGACCAGUGUCCAGUUUGCUUCCUUUUCUGGCUGUGCCGCAGUCAAACCGCCUAAUCAUUCAUCUUAUUUUUCUGCCGUGGUCGUUUGCCCGCCACUCUCCCCAGGGUGGUAUCGGUCGUCCUUUGACGUUGGGAAGGCCGUUUGGGCGACACCCUUUGGCGGUCGAUUUUCGAGAACCAGUUGGCAGUCAGUGCAGUCACCAACAAGUGUGAAGGGACUGUGUCAGGCAUUCAAGCAUUCCGCCGGCCUGUCUACCCAUCUUGGCGCACUCACGCGUCACAGUCCGUCCAGGAAAGUUCCCGAAGCGGAGCCCCCCACGACGAUCGGGAGCUACGCGGGGAGGGAAGCGAAAACAAAGGCCGAGUCGCCAGCAUUCUUCCCCCUUUGUGUCGUUUUGCUGUCUGCCCUUGUCUUGGACAGUUGUUAUUCGUUAUUGACAAAGCCGAGCCUCGACGUCGGGUGCGGGAGAAUAGCACCCGAGCCAUACAACGUGUUCCUCGAGAAUUCGACUCCAUCAGAGAGGCCAGACGAUCUCUCCCUAUUCUAUUUCUCUUUGUCUUUUCUUACCCUUCUCGAAGUUACGGAGUAAUACAUCUAGAUGUACAACACUAUUCCUCAAUCACACCACGCACACCCACCCUUCAUCAACCCUGGACCCAACGCAUCGGCCAUGCCAUUCCGUGACUGGUUGUGGCCGGUGAUGUUUCGGCCAAACUCCCGAGUCAGCUUCCCACCCGCCCCUUCAUCGGAGAAGAAUGGCGCGAGGGUGUGUGACGUAAGAGAGCGAGGAUGAACCCGGGGUGCUUGUGAUGGAUGGAUUGAUUGAUUGCGCGA